UAGAUAUUAGUCACGUGAGGACAGCGUUUUUAAUUUGUGGCCGCGAGUCACUGGUCGAGACCAGGAAGUCAAUGAAUGGAUAAGGAAGAUGUUACGAAACGGCCAUAUGUGCGGGCUUGCCGUACUAGUAAAUGAAGAAUGGAUCGGAUGAGAACAUUUGGGAGGCCAGACGGAUGAUUUUUGCACAAAGGAACCAUUUACCCGAAUUAUCCAUUCACUCCCGCUGAGACUGAUCGAUCAAAGUAGAAGAUUUCAGCUGAAUCGGACGCACGAAGACCAUAGUCUGGCAUUGAAACUCGCUGAGACCCCGUUCACUCGAGUGAUCAAAAUCACGGAUCAGAUCUGCUUUCCGAAACAGUGGAAUACGCAACUACGGUCGAUCUGAACAUCUUCGGUGCACGAAAAUCGUUCCGAUGUUCUGUUCGCAGAUGCGAUAUUCGCUCGUUCUGUUCUGGCCGUCAGGUGUGUUCGUCUCGCGUAGCGUCAGCCAACCAAUGGCAACUGCUGUUGCUGCUGCUGUCCCCGCGGAUGAGCGCACGACAACGUGCGGCUUGUCACGAUUUGGAAGGAGCUGUGUCUUCUUUUCAUUCUGUCAGAGAUCGGCGAGGUUUCCACCGGUGACGAGGCCCGCUCGACACGAGAUUUCAUGUAUCGGUGCCAUAAGACGAUGAGUGCUGCUGUAUACGAGCCCUGCUCGCUCGACAGAUCAGAAGAUGGAGUGUAUCGCAUGGAAGUGGGAUUGCGGCGGGGAGAUGCAAGACGGUGACGCUGGGCCGAAUGUUGAUCGGCGCGUGACAGCCCAUCAUAUUGAGAAACUUCCCCUCCGUCCGGCGCCAGCGCAUCUCCGUUCCCAAAGCAGUCGAGUUUUCUCCGAUGCAGACCUGAGCAGUGAGCGCCGCUGACUGGGGGCUGCUUCCUGAGCAUUCGACGCUUCACAAUUGCGUUCUCUCCACAUUGUUACCGCCACGUCUGCUGCUCUACUCACGCUGCGCCUCGGACGCUUGAGGCGAGCGUCGAAGGGUGUUGAACUUCAGCUCUCGAAUAAUAAAGGCUCAAGCGGAGGCUUGGCAUUCAAACUUUGCCCGCACGCUGAAAUGCGAUCUCCCCGGUCAUGUCUUGUCUAAGUGGAUCUGAGAGACAACAGAGCCACUUGGAACGUCUGGCGAAGAGUUGUCCAGGCUCGACUGGCCCUGCUCAGGACUGGUACCUCAGGCGGCAAAGCGAAUGCCACUUUGAAGCACAUCUCUCGCGUCAUUGGAGCUCAUUAUGAAGAAGUUACAGGCUCAACGAGCUUGGAUCAAAGCGCGGAGCCGACACAUCAGCGCUUUGGAGGCCCAUUCGCAGGACAAUGCGCGACGUGAUAACUGAAGUGCAUUGUUUUUGAUGAGCAAGACGAGUCUCUUCCUCUGUCCACUACCAUCGCCCUCUCUAGCAUGUUCGCCAACCAGCUCCAGUCCUCCUCUUUCUCUCCUGCGCGCACCAGGAAGGCCGAGUGGCCGCUGUGCGCCCUACAAUCCGCAGUAGCUACCCAACACAGUCACCGGCCCGAAGAUCUGUACAGGCUUCGCUCCCUCCGGCCCAAACCGCGUGCUACCAGUCCAGUUGAGACCCUCGUCGGCCCGCGCAAUUUCACGCUUCCGUUCCACUUCUACAAUCCACCAUCUGCCAAGCGGAUCAUGGCCGCACUGCGGAACCGGCAGUGCCCCAUGUACAUACGCGCGGUCAUGGCUGGCCCACAUGCGAUGUACAUCGUCUGGGGUGGGCAGCAAGGGAUGGAGACGUACAAAGUUAUUGUGCGCAGAAAGGUGCUCGCGACUCCGACGCCUGCCUCCGUGCGCAAACCCCGAGUCCUCCCGGUGGCCGUCCCGACUGCCGGAUCGACUGCUACAUCGAAGGUCGCCCCAGCGCUGGCCCUAGCUCAGUCCCGACAAGCCCUCCUCGAUCUCGCCGCCAACUCGCGGCCUGCAGUCGACGGCGCUCGACGCAAACACCUGCUGGAUACCGAUCUCCACCAGCGCAUUCGCCCCUUGAAAGUUGGGCCCCCAGGCUCGUUUCAGCAUGCAGAAGUCCAGGCGUAUGUGUGGAAACACAGGCCGUCGGGUCUUUCCAACGUGCUUUACGCAGAGGACACAAUCUGUGUCUCGCCGCUCGUGGGCAACCUAGACCCCGCUGCCGAAGCAGUGACUGCCUCUGGUUCACUGAAGCCGCAAGUUUGGCAGUUUACCAGAGUUCUGAAGCGGUUGUAUGAUAGCGUCUUCAAUCCACAGGAUGCUGUACAAUCCUCUGAGUCGCAUGACAUCGUGUCGGAGCGGCCGAUGAAGAGGAGGAGAUUGAGCUCUUGCUGAGGGACAGCUGGGCCCUCCGAGUAGAAGUACUACGGUUUUCUCCUUUCGGUUUCCCAUGCAUCGUGUAUAUUGCAGUCCUAAUUCUCGAGAUCUUGUCCCGGACUUCUGUAUAACUGUAGCUCUCACCGCUGUCUAGACUCAUGCUCGGAUCUUCUAUAGCAGGCGGCUCUGAGUACUUGGAAUCGAGGGUGAAAUCGCU